AUGCCUGACAAGAGUUUGUACUUUAGCCACUACUAUUUUGAGGUUGAGAUAUCUGGGGCUGAUGUUUACCUUGGCAUGACAUACAGAAGCAUUGACCAGAGAGGUUCAGAAAGCAACAGCUGCACCUUGUGGAACAACUUCUCCUGGAGCAUCCUGUGGAAUGGGAAAGGGUUUUCUGCAUGGCACAGUGAUGUGGAGAUGCCCUUCAAAAUGGAUGUGUUUGGUAGGAUAGGGGUCUACCUGAACUACCCCAGCAGGACGUUGUCCUUUUAUGGGGUCACCUGUGAUGACAUGACCUUGAUGCACCACUUUGAGUAUGAUUUUGUUGAGUCCCUCUACCUCGACUUUUGGCUUUUAAAGAAAGAAAACUGUCAGGAUAAUGUGACUGGGGGAAGGUGCUGA